CACACAGUGGUUCGAACAGAGCUCUCAAAGCGAUGCAGACGCAGACGCAGACAUGCAGCGCAGACGCAUAGCCACUUCUGGCACCACUGUACGCUUGCGCCGCUUGGGGCAGGCAGGAGAGCGGCUGCCGCCAGAUGUGUCUAAUUAUAGACGACCCCAGACCUAGGCGCAGUCUCAUCCCUUGUGGCAUUGUCUUGUGGCAGAGUCUGUGCUGUUCUGUUCGGUUCAGAGAACAGUUGGAAAUAGGCUCGCGGCAAAGGAGCAGCACAGCACCUACGUACACAAUGUCUUCGUUUGGAAUGCGUGGCAUGAGUCAGCCGCUGGGCAUCAGGAUCUGCUGCUGCCGCGUCUGUACGUGCAUCAACUUUGGCUUUGUGCUGUCGCGGGUGGGACUGCUCAAGCUGAUGCAACUGGGCCUGGCCAUGCUCUGCGAGGGCCUCCUGAUACGCUACGGUGUGCCCUAUGCCGAUUCCAUUGGCCAGGCGCUCACCAGCUUUCUGGCCACCACAGGACACUGCUUCACCACGACGGGCAUACUGCUCCUGUGCUAUGGAUUCUCGGAGAAGUCAUACGGCCUCAUUCGACAAUCACUGUUUGAGACCCUGUUCAAUGGUCUUGCAGCGUGCAUGUACUUCAGCUCCUCCAGCUACAUGGGAUUCGCGUGCGUUGUGUGGCUGCAUCCGCAGUUCUUGGUGCGUCCCGGCUUCUGGGCAUAUCCGGCCAUGACCGCCUGCUAUUACAUGGGCUAUGCGGCGGGACUGCUGCAUGCAAUCGAUGCCUUUCUGGCCUUCAAGCACUUCAGGGGAGCGCGCUAAGGGGCGCUAGAGUCUCUUAUGGGGGUUUGAGAUUAAAGCAUUUAUAUUUUCUAAGGCACACUUUUCCUUCGGUUAGAGUUUUCACAUUAAAAUCGCAUAAAACGUA